AUGCCCUUCCCAACGUCAGACCCAAUCGUUUUGGAGAUAAAGCCUCGCUCCAAGGAUGAUAUAAAUGAUAUUCUAUGUACAUUUGGCAUUAUCAUGCAGAAUCAGACCAAGACGACACAAUUUGUUGUUGGCAUAGCUAACGAAGAAAUUGUGACCGUUCCGGACAAAUGUGUCGACAUCCUCAAUGUAGUUGCUCACCAGCAUUUGAUUUAUCGUGAGAUCGCCUCUACAUUGCUGAAGCUUCCAGAAUCUGUUGGAAAUUCACACAUUCCACUACUGCAUGACAAGUGGCUCCCUGGGGGGACUGCAUUUCUGGAGAUGGUGCAUGCUCAGUAA